CGCGUGUGAAAUCAGAUGAACAUUAAAGAUGUGCGGGAUUGAAGCAUGGUACAUUAAUGAAUCAAAUGAGGAUCAAAGACUCUCUCACAGAUUAAUCCCGAAUCAACCCGUGUCUCUCAAACAGCUGGAGCAGAUUGGGAUUUAUUACUGGAAGUUAAAUGCUGAUAUUUAUGAAAAUGACCCAGAACUGCAGAAGAUCCGUGAGGAAAGGGGUUAUUCCUAUAUGGAUAUUAUAACUAUUCACCCGGAUAAACUUCCAGAUUAUGAGAGCAAAGUGAGAAUGUUUUUUGAGGAACAUCUACAUCUUGACGAUGAGAUCCGCUACAUCCUGGACGGAACGGCUUACUUUGAUGUGAGGGAUAAAGAUGACCGCUGGAUACGGAUAGCUAUGUCCAAAGGCGACCUCAUCACACUUCCAGCAGGAAUUUACCACAGAUUCACAGUUGACGAAACUAACUACGCUAAAGCCAUGCGUCUGUUCAUCGGUGAACCCGUAUGGAAAGCGUACAACCGUCCAGCUGAUGACUUCGACAUCCGCAAGGAGUAUCCCACGGCCUCGAGCAGAGCCUGUUUCUUCUGCGUGCUGCGGGACGACUCCAGCUCGUACAUAGUGGUGAGGUUGAACAGCACGCUCUCGUGCAAGUAGAGCGCUGGGUCCUUG